AUGUCUCAACUUCCGGAUCAUGUGGAUACCAAUAUUUGGCGACAAGUCGGUGGAAUUUACAGGGACCCCGAACUGUUUAUCACCACAAAAUAUCUGAGACCUCAUCAAAGUCUUUCUAACAAGACUGUUAAUACACCAACUAUAUUUAACUCAUCAGAAUGUCAAAAUCUAUUCUGCAGUUGGCACAUUGCAUUGCAUGGCAUUAUAUCCCUUCCUGUUAGUGUAAAAAUUCCUUUGCUGGUCAAUCUAGGUUGGAGCAAAGCAAUAGAAGCAAAAGAAAAACUUCUUAUUCAUAUUAGAAAAAUGAUAGCAGCAGAGAAGAAUAAUAGUUCAUCAAAACUGGAUGCAUCAGUACCCAAAAACGAUGCCUAUGUCAAUCCUAACAAGUCCAACGUUAUACAACAGAUGCUUCAAGUGCCAUUUAUGAAUAGGGAUAAAAAUAUAGAACAGCAUAUUUUACUCUUCAUAUCCUCUCUUAUUCCAAAAGCAUUUUCUUCUAUUAUUACUUCGUUCAUAUUAGAAAUGGCUGCGAAAGAAAGAGCUAAUUUACGUGAGAGUGCUGCAUUAGAUUCUCAACUUCUUUCAAGAAUUUUAUUAGAAGUUCAGAGAUUAUGGCCUCCGUUUUUAGGAGGACGACGCAUUGCAAAUAAAGAUACGACUAUUGGUGGCUAUAAAAUACCAAAAGGUUAUGCUGUAAUUUAUGUCUCAUAUUUUGCCCAUAGAGAUAAAAAUGUGUUUAAAAAUCCUGAUGAAUUCAAUCCAGAUCGAUGGUUAAAUCAGGGAAAUACUAUAUCAGCAAAUUCUAUAUUUACUUUUGGGGGUGGGGAACGUGUAUGUAUCGGACAUCGUCUCAUUCAGUAUAUCCUACAGCGUUUGACAAAAACGUUUACUGGAAAAUUUACAUGGGAAUUGAUGCCUGCAACACUUAUUUCUAAAAAUAAUAUCAUGGAAUCUCAAGGAAUAGAAGAAAAAGUGCUCGAGCAAUCAGUUGAAGCCCUCAUGAAUCGUUCUCGAGAAUUGAAAAAUGCUUUGGUACAAUUUAUUGCAAAAAUAGAUCACGAACAUGAAACUCUUACUUGGACAUCAGUCUUGGAUAGUUAUGCUCUGUUAUCGGGUCAAAUGAGUUCACUCUUCAACUUAUUGAAAGCUGAAAAAAUAGCACCUCUUCAAAAUUAUCCUAUUACCAUUACGUUGGGCCAGGAUGACGACCAAUAUCUUGGCUAA